AUGGUUACUGAACAAACUGUAACACACGAAAACGCGGGCAAAGCUUCAACUGCUCUGAAAAACCCUCUUCUGGCAGCAUCAAGGCACACAUCGGGCACCUUACAGCAGCUUAACGCACGAAACAAGCCCACCCUCGAGAAAACCCACACUAGACGCUCCCCACCAAACACCCUCAGCGGCCAGCCGGAUCAGACGUCGCAAAACGGUUUAAAAGCCUCCAGUACCCCGCAGCAGCAGCUCCCUGUGGCCGGGAGAUGCACCCCGCCGCACCGGCGCAGAACGGUGGCGAACAUCCUUCGGGAGCUGGUGGAGAAGCAGCAGCUUUCUGAGGAAACCCUGAGUUUGCUGCAGGCCCAGUUUUCAGAUUUGCCUUGUGAGUUGCACAGCUGGAGGCAGAUGGCAGAAUACUCUCCAGAAAUGAGGCAGUUUGCUUGUAUCCUCCACCUCUACCAUACUAAAGCCUAUGAUUAUCUACGGAAGAUUUUUCCUCUCCCUCAUCCUUCCUUUUUUUCCAGUUGGCUGUCUAAUAAUGAAGCUGCUGCAGGCUUCAGCAGCAACAUUUUUCUCCGCCUUCAGGAAAAGGUGGAGAGAGGGGAACAGGCCUACCUCUACUGUGCUCUGAUGGUACAGGACAUGUCCCUGCAGAAGCAGCAGGAGUGGGACCCAGAGACCCAGCGCCUGACAGGCUUUGUUGACUUGGGAGCAGGAGUCCUUGACGCUGAUGAAGCUCCGCUGGCCUCAGAAGUGAUAAUCCUCAUGGCAGUCGGCAUCUCAAGUCCCUGGACAGCUCCACUUGGCUACUUCUUUGUGAACAGCACAACUGGCCACUUACUUGCUCAGCUGCUUCGUCAGACCAUUAAUAAGCUGAACAAUAUUGGCAUCACAGUGCUGGCUGUGACAUCAGGUGCCACUGCUCGCAGUGCUGAGACCGCCAGAGCUCUGGGGAUCAGGAUAGAUCCUGAAAGGAUUCAGUGCACUUUCCAGCAUCCACCUGGCUCUGCUCACAGCAUCGUGUACUUCUUUGACAUUUGCCAUGCACUCCAACUGAUAAGGAAUGCUCUGCAGUGCUUCCAGAAGAUAGAGUGGCUCAGUGACACCAUGCAGUGGCAGCAUGUGGUGGAGCUGGCAGCUUUGCAGGAGCAGAGGGUAUUAGAGCCAUGCAGUCCCAAGUCAGGUAGAUCUGGGAGUGAGGAGAAUUACUACCUGAAGGUCAACCUUGCUACCCUGUUGUUCAGCGAGGCUGUUGCUGAUGCGCUCGAACACCUCCAGAAGCUGGGCCUGGUCUCAUUCCAGAACUGCAGUUGUACUGUCAAGUUUGUGCGUUUGAUGAGCCGUCUGUGUGAUGUAUUUCAUGGCAGAGCUCCCUAUAGAAGGAAAUUGCUAGCUGGAAAUUACACCAAAAUAAGCCACGUCUUUAAUGAGGCCAAGAGCUGCUUUGUCACCUUAACGGACUCCAUGGGGAGACACAUUAUUAAGAGUAAACGCAAACUAGGAUUUAUGAGUUUCUUGGUCAAUGCAGAAAGCCUCAAGUGGCUUUACACCAACUAUGUGUGUCCAGAAGGCAGUCCUUCUCACCUCCUGACCUACGCCUUCAGCCUCGACCCACUGGAGAUGUUUCUUAGGGCUCUCCAGCAAGCCUGUGGCAGCAGCGGGAGCCCCACCUGCACUGUGUUUCAGGCUGCUUAUCACAAACUGCUGGCCAGCUGCAGCCUGGCACCAGGCUCACCACACAGUGGUGGCUCAGACAAUACAAGCUCUUUGGACAUAUCCCUGUCUGCAAAACUGGUGUUGAUAAGCAGUGAUGUGUUGGGCCACUGCAAACCAUCUGAUCAGAAUUUGGCUGACCAAAGCAAGGAAGUUUAUCUGAUCCUGUGUUUCAUCUAG